AGAGGAGGUGGGAGGAGUCUGCAUGUGACGUCACGGACUCUGCUUCCCACCUGCAUUGUGUUGUUCCCCGGCUGGGGAGCUGCGGAACCGGGGACACCGGGAACUGACAGGCGGUGAGGAAGGCCCAGCAGCGGCAGGCUGGAGAAUGAUAAAGCAGCCAUGACACCCUUCUUCUUGGGCACCCUGGCCUCCUUGGGCAGCACCACGCCCACCUCCUGCAGCGGGACCACCUGUAGUAAUGUCACCACCAAGGACUACUGCUACAGCGCCCGCAUCCGCAGCACCGUACUACAGGGCCUGCCGUUCGGAGGAGUGCCCACUGUGCUGGCGCUGGACUUCAUGUGCUUUCUGGCUCUGCUGUUUGUCUUCUCCAUCCUGAGGAAAGUGGCGUGGGACUACGGGCGGCUGGCGCUGGUCACGGAUGCCGACAGGCAGCGGCUUCGGCACAGGUUCCAGGAGGAGCGGGAAUACGUGGCUUCGGUGAUGCACUCCGACAGCCAUGACCGGUACGAGCGCCUGACCUCCGUGUCCAGCUCCGUGGACUUCGACCAAAGAGAUAACGGAUUCUGCUCCUGGCUGACGGCCAUUUUCCGGAUCAAGGAUGAUGAGAUCCGAGAGAAGUGUGGAGCAGACGCCGUCCAUUACCUGUCCUUCCAGCGGCACAUCAUCGGUCUGCUGGUGGUGGUUGGAGUCUUAUCUGUCGGCAUUGUUCUUCCAGUCAACUUCUCAGGAGACCUUCUUGAAAACAACGCCUACAGCUUUGGGAGGACAACCAUCGCCAACCUGAAAUCCGGGAAUAACCUGCUCUGGCUGCACACCACCUUCGCUUUCCUCUACCUGCUGCUCACGGUUUACAGCAUGAGACGACACACAUCCAGGAUGCGCUACAAGGAGGACGACCUGGUGAAACGCACGCUCUUCAUUAAUGGGAUAUCCAAGUACGCCGAACCAGAGAAAAUCAAGAAACACUUUGAAGAGGCGUACACUAAUUGCUCCGUACUGGAGGCUCGGCCAUGUUAUGAUGUCGCCAGACUGAUGUUCCUGGAUGCUGAGAGGAAGAAGGCUGAGCGUGGUCGUAUGUACUUUACUCACCUUCUGAACAAGGAGAACCUCCCAUCCUUCAUUAACCCCAAACCUUGCGGGCACCUGUGCUGCUGUGUCAUAAAAGGCUGCGAGCAGGUGGAGGCCAUAGAGUAUUACACCAAACUGGAGCAGCGCCUGAAGGAAGAAUACAAGAAGGAGAAGGAAAAGGUCAACGAGAAGCCCCUGGGGAUGGCGUUUGUCACCUUCCACAAUGAGGCCAUCACUGCCCUAAUCCUGAAGGAUUUCAAUGCGUGUAAGUGUCAUGGCUGCAGCUGUCGGGGGGAACCCAAAUACUCCUCCUGCAGUGACACUCUGCAUGUCCAGAACUGGACCGUGACCUACGCCCCUGACCCCCAGAACAUCUACUGGGAGCACCUCUCCACCCGAGGCUUCAUCUGGUGGAUCCGCUGCCUGAUUAUUAAUGUCAUCCUCUUCCUCCUCCUCUUCUUCCUCACUACUCCGGCCAUCAUCAUCACCACCAUGGACAAGUUUAAUGUCACCAAACCUGUAGAGUAUCUAAAUAAUCCCAUCAUCACUCAGUUCUUCCCCACCCUGUUGCUGUGGGCCUUCUCCGCGCUCCUCCCCACCAUCGUCUAUUACUCGGCUUUCUUUGAGGCGCAUUGGACGAGGUCGGGUGAGAACCGGACGACGAUGCACAAGUGUUACACCUUCCUCAUCUUCAUGGUGCUGCUGCUGCCAUCACUGGGACUCAGCAGCCUGGACUUGUUCUUCCGCUGGCUCUUUGAUCAGAAGUUUCUAGCAGAAGCGGCCAUUAGGUUUGAGUGCGUCUUCCUCCCAGAUAACGGAGCCUUCUUCGUGAAUUAUGUCAUCGCCUCGGCCUUCAUCGGUAACGCCAUGGACCUGCUCCGAAUCCCGGGUCUGCUGAUGUACAUGAUCCGCUUGUGUCUGGCGCGUUCUGCGGCAGAGCGAAAAAAUGUCAAGCGGCACCAGGCUUAUGAGUUUCAGUUUGGUGCGGCGUACGCCUGGAUGAUGUGCAUAUUCACUGUGGUGAUGACCUACAGCAUCACCUGCCCCAUCAUCGUGCCGUUCGGUCUCAUGUACAUGCUGCUGAAGCACCUGGUGGACCGCUAUAACCUGUACUACGCCUACCUGCCUGCCAAGCUGGACAAGAAGAUCCACUCGGCGGCGGUGAGCCAGGUGGUGGCGGCGCCCAUCCUCUGCCUCUUCUGGCUGCUCUUCUUCUCCACGGUCAGGACUGGGUUCUUGGCGCCGACCUCCAUGUUCACCUUCGUCGUCCUGGUGAUCACCAUCGUCAUCUGCCUGUCGCACGUCUGCUUUGGGCAUUUCAAAUACCUGAGCGCUCACAACUACAGGAUUGAUCACACGGAGGUGAACGCCGUAGAUGGGACGCAGAACGGCCGCCCAUCCUCCAAUGCCUCUAAUCAGAAGUCAGCGAAGUACAUUGCUCAGGUUCUGCAGGACUCCUCGGCGGACAGUGAACCGGCUGCUGACAACGAGGACACGGAGGAGCAGGGGUCUCAGGAUGAAGAAAUGAUCAACGCGGACAACACGCAGGACGUAGAGUUCCAGUCGUGUGAGGACAGUCUCAUCGAGAACGAGAUCCACCACUGACGCAUCCCCCCCAGAACUCGCCCUGCAACUCUCCUCGUCUUCUGCGUCCUGGAGGGGGAGGGGAGCGCCCUCUUGGUGAUGUGGCAAUAAGGCACCAGGAGUGGGGAGCAGUGCGCGUCCUUAGACUGACCCUUGCCCGCCCGCCACUGCCCCCAUGACUCCAUGUUUGCACACGCUGCCUACUGUCUAUAUGUUCCAUCUUAGCUACAUCCGUGCACUAGUGCCGUCUGUUCUAUGUCCUGUGGAAACUACUGCACAGAGAGGAUGGGAGCAGCACGCGGGGGAGGGGAACGGGACGCCAUGCACAGGAGAGGGGAGGACUUUAUGACGCUCUCUGUGGGGCUGUGCCCGCAGGUUGUGUGUGGAGGAUGAGAGAUGCGCGGUGUGGGGUCAUGGGACAAGUGUGUGAAGCCUGUGGCGCAGUGUGGGGUCAUGGGACGAGUGUGUGGCAGCGGGGUGUGGGGUCAUGGGACGAGUGUGUGGCAGCGGGGUGUGGGGUCAUGGGACGAGUGUGUGGCAGCGGGGUGUGGGGUCAUGGGACGGGUGUGUGGCAGCGGGGUGUGGGGUCAUGGGACGAGUGUGGC